AUGAAGGGUCUCAUCGUCUUCUCCGACUCGGACUCCGACAACAGCGACUGCGACAGCUGCACCUCCUCCUCGGACGACCAAGACCCUCCACCAACCGCGGACGCCUACAGCUGCGCUGGCGACCGGAAGAGCAAAAGGCCCGGAGAGGAAGUGCGAAGAAAAACACAAACGAAUCGCACGAGCGAUUCCUCCUGCCCUCGAACCACUGGCACGCACGACUCGUUCGCCGCCGUCAUCCAUCCCUACGUCCCCGCCGCUCCUUCCUUCGCCCCUGCCUCUCCUAUCGAUCCCCUCAAGGACACGCCGCCGCCGUCGUGCGAUCUUCAAACUGAAGCAGACGCACGAGAUCGCCGCCGCGGCCGAUCUCACAGCCAGCCAAACCGCACCACCAGCCGCCACGUUGAUGCACUAGGGUUAGCGUCACCAGCCGCCACGCCGACGCCCACCCUCGCACCGGCAUCACCUGAGGCAAAAAACCGCAUAGACGCUCCUCCUCUCCCGGACAAGGUCCCAAAGGAGACGCCGCCGCCGAUCCGGGGAUACGCCGUCGCGGAUCACCAAGACGCGGCCGUCGCGGACCACCAGGACGUCGGCAGCGGCGGCGCCUCAGAUACGUCUUGGACCAGGACGCGGCCGUCGCCGAUCAGGAACAGGACGCUGCUGUCGCGGAUCCCAGGACACUGCCGGCGACGCCGCCUCAGAUACCCACACCAACCGCCAGAGAUGCCGCUGCCCACCACAUCGACCAGCUCCAAGCGGCGGCGUCGGGAUCAGGCUCCAGUUCCCUACCCCACGUUGUUGUUGUUGCUGCUGCUGCUCCAGUUCCAAUUCCAGCGAGUGCCAGCGAUGGGGAUGCUCGGCUCGCAGUCCCUGCUCUCAUUUUCCUCCAGCCUCUGGGAGCAUCAGCUACGUCUUAUGUGGGGAUGAACCAUCAGCUAAAGGGAGUGAUAGGAAAAUAUUUUGUUGAAUGCAAUGGGAAGGCGAAAAACGACACGCCUUGGUGAAGCAACUCUGAGAUUCGGUAAGGCUAAUCAAGUCUGCAAUCAAAUCCAAAAGCAGGGGCAGAGAAAAACGUUAAAAUACUUUUUAGCUAUUGAUUGAAGUGACCGGUAAUUAGUAGCAGGAGCAACAGUUGUAGUAAGAACCUACCUAGGCAUAUUUUCUCUCUUUCCUAUCACAUGGCACAUUGAACAACUUUAUAGUACAAAUUUGUUCUUUUUUGUGUAUAUGACAAGUUGGCAACUUCACAAAAUACAUUCACAUAUGUUAUUUUAAAUUAUCAUGUCAUGGAGGUUCUCGUUAUUUCGAAUCUUUGGUUGGAACCUUUAUUAAAUGCACAUGGUAUUCGUUUA